GGUUUCUUGUUUUCUUCUUAUCACGCAUUCAUUCUUAAGCAACGAGUACUCCUUUAUACCCUAAUCUUUGUGAAAUUUGAAGCAAAUUGCGGGGAGAAAUAAAGUAUAUUAAAGAUGCAAAGUUUAGGCGAAGAGGUUAGCAUUGAAGAAUUGACUUCGAAUUUGUCUGCUUACAGAGAACAGCUUCAACAGGUUCGUACACUGCUGAAGGAUGACCGUAGCAACUCUGAAUACUUGGACAUGGAAAAGGAACUUGUUGAGGUUAUUGCCUUGACAGAAGAGCUUCUUGCAACUGCAAAACAAAAUGACAAUAUUGAAAUAGGUAUUGGGAACAGUGCUGAUGCAUCUUAUGAUUUUGGCCAUCUAGAGAGCACUUUGAGUAACCACAUUCCUGUUGGCACUAAAGUACAAGCUGUUUGGAGUGAAGAUGGAGAAUGGUAUGACGGAACCGUUGAAGCACAUACUCCAAAUGGCUAUCUUAUUGCCUAUGAUGGGUGGGGAAAUAAGGAAGAGGUAGAUCCCGCUAAUAUUAGGCUAAUCCAAGGUGAAGUCAAUCCUUUGGAUGAAGCUGAAAAGAUUGCAGAGGCCACUAAACAGGCCCUGAAGCGAAAGAUUGCACAGGCUUCCAUUAUUGAUUACCAGUCUAAGAGUCUUCCAGCAAAGCUCCAUAUUGAUCCUAAUGACCCGGAAGAUGUGAAGGCAUCCAAGAGAAAGAAGAUCCAUGCUUUUAAGUCAAAAAUGCGGAUAGAGAAACUUGAGGUGGCCCAAAACAAGAGGCAAAAUGCUUGGCAGCAAUUCCAAUCAGCUAAAGGCUCUACAAAGAAGGUUGGGUUCUUCUCGGGUCGAAAGCGGGAAAGCAUAUUCAAAUCUCCUGCGGACCCUACUGGGAAGGUGGGUGUAACCGGAAGCGGGAAAGGUUUGACUGAUUUUCAGAAGAGAGAGAAGCAUUUGCACCUUAAAGGUGCCGGUGUUGAGGGAUCUGAUGACUACUAGGGUUUUAAAAAUAUCAAUUUCUCCCUUUAUAUUUUUGUUUUUAACUAAAACAAGCUUCAGAAGUGGAAUUCAGAUCCUUGUUCCUUCUGUGUCUGAUCAUGUAUCUGUUAUGUGUGUUACCAAGAACAAAAAAAUGAUAGUGCAAUUUGCGUUAAAUUUGAAACUAAUGGCAGAGGCCUGGUGGCAUUUCUGGCUUCCCGGACAUAAAAAAAUAAGAUUUAAUUAACAAAUCGCCUGAUGCAUGAAAAGUUAUACAGUAGUUUGUUUCAGC